AACAAACAAGAUGGAGGAAGUUGCGUAAUGUCGCACGGGACAUUUUAGGAAAAGUUUUUACAUAUUCUGCUGAACAUAGAUCUACGCUUUCAGUGUCUUCUAUUUGUUCAAACCUUUACCUGGCAGUAAAUUUGAGCGAUGAGUGUCCUACCUUCCGUGGAGUAUGACCCGACCCAGGGACAUGUCAAUGAGGCAUUUGAGAAUAUGGAAAGCAGAAAAGAUACACCUCCUCCAGCCUAUACUGAUGUGGUGGUGUGUGCAACCCCAGCAGUGUACAAUCCUCCUGCCCCUUCACAGCCAGCACCAGGAAGUGUCUUCAUUUUCCCCUUCUACUACACCAGAUCUGCAGAGAUGUAUAUUCCAAAACCUACAAAUAUGGCUGCAGCUGUCAACACCAGUGCACUGCUGAAUGUGUCCACUACUACCAUUACUACUACUACUGCAAAAAAACCCACCAAGAUCCCACCAGGAAUGGAGCAGAAUCCAGACUACUGCAACCCCACAUUAUAUAUGUAUGCAUUUGUUGCCACACUUAUCAUCUAUGGUGUAGUAGUUUUGGUGGUUCUUCUAUUUUGUUGUUGGUUGAUUAAAUUGGGAGCAACCAGGAAGUAGUAAUAACAUACCUUUUGAGAUACCAGUUGUAGAUCUUGCCAAUGGCCCUCUGUCACAUACCAUAUCACAGGGAGCACCAUGUAUAUUGCCACAUAUCACCUUCAUAUAUUAUAACUUUUCUCAAGGAAAGCACUAGUGUGGUGCCAGCUAGUAGCCAAACUUGAGGUAUGGCCUCUAGUCUACUCUAGGUAUGGCCUCUAGUCUACUCUAGGUAUGGCCUCUAGUCUACUCUUUCCAUCUGUAUGUCACAAUGAACCUGGUUUCUUAUAGGUACACAGAUCAGAAAUUGUUCAAUCCUAAAAGCAUAAGGGUAAACUUUUAGUACAAAAUACUUCCCUUCAUGCCAAAUUCAUCUACCUCAUUUUCUUCAUUCAUUUUAAACACUAUUUUCAAACUUUUUUGGAACAUUUUGAAAGUUUUAGUUUUUCAGGAACAGGGUCCAAGACAUUGAUUCCUUCUCUGCUUGAUGUAGAUCAGUUAUAAACUUAUAGUGAAGACGAGAGGAGGGGAAAACAAAACAAACAUUCCAAAAGUGAUCUGUGAUAGCUUCAGUAUUUACUUUUUAACUGUAAUUUUAGUGUCAUUGCAGUGAGAAUCAGGUUGUAUAUAAUCAUAUGCAUAUAAAGUAGAUGAAACGACUGCAGGAUAGAAUAAAAUCAAGUAGGAAGUCAGUCAGUUUUAACACCUUAGUAUUUAGUUCCUCAUGAGUUGAGCACUGUCAAUAUGAAGAAGACUACAUUAUAUAUUUUGCAUGUAUAUAUGUGUGUGUGUGUUACACAUUUAGAAAGUUGUCUUAGGCAUAAUUUUACCUGCUGCACACCAGGCUGGAAAAAACUUUUAUUAUGAUUUUCAAACAUGCAGCAAUAACACAGACUGGUAUAUUAGUGUACUUUAUUCAGAGAUUUUAAUGUUCAUGAAUUCCCCCCGAUUUCGGGUGAUUUUUUUGUUGGUUUGUGCAUGUGCAUUUUUACUGUACUUAUACCAUCCAUUUUGUGGGUGAAUUAUGAUAUUGGAUUGAAUAGCAUUGGACUAAGAAAAGUUCUUGAUUUAUUGAGAUACCAAGUUUAUUCACAAUGAAAUAUAAACAAUUCCAGUAAUUUAAGUACCUGUACCCAUUCAAAAAAAUUGUAAUAUUUGGCAAGUAUAAAAACUCAAUUCUGACUCUCCAUGGUCAACUCCAGCCUUACUUAUAUAGCACAUUUUGCCAACUGAGGACUAAUUGUUGAUUGAUCCUCACAACUCAUUAGCAUUCUAUUGGCUAACAAAAAAGAUAUUUUCAUUAUAUUGCUAUUUUGUAAUAAUAGUAAUGUGUUUAUCAAAAAACGUUGUCAAUGGUUUUCUAGCAUUAAAAUGUGAUGAAAGACUAUGGACUGCAUCAAAAAUAAAGAGCUUAACAAAAGCAAAUGAAUUGUCCUGUAAUAUCUUAAUACAUCCUUCAUCAAUUGCAGAAAAAUAUACCAAAAAAUUCCACAAUAAACUUCCCCCUAUUUUAACUGGCUAGACUUCAAAAGAUCAAUUUGAAAAAUAGAAAUACACAUUUUGGAUUGCACUGUCACAAAUUUAUUGAAAACUAAAAAGUAAAUAGAAAAAUGUAAUACCCCUUCAAAGUCGAUACAAGCAAACUAAGGCUAAUAAGUGUACAGACAAAUGCAGUUUCUUUAAAAAAAUUCUAAAUAAUCAUUACACCAAAAUAAUAAAAACAAGACCAAUACUUACACUGAGCAAAGCUAUAACCCCCCUCCCCCCCUAUGAAUAAUUUAUGUAACAUGUAGUGGGCUUCUGACAGUAAUCUGCAGCACUUGGUAUGGUUGUUAAAUUUAACAAUAUGUAUAUAUAACCCAUAAUGCUGGUAAAAAUUUUAAAGCAUUGCAUGGGGUGUUUAUAUUUUUUGCACAGUGUAUAUUAAAAAAAGAAAAGAACAAAAUACAAGUAAAUGAAACAGUUUUAGCUUUAACGGGGUUACCAAGUUGACGAGAGAGCCAAAAGUUUUUUAUUUAUUAAUUUGGGAGGGGGGGUGGAUCUAAGGACAAAUUGGAUAAUGUUAAGUUUCAAACUUGCCCAGAGUUCCAGAACAAUUAUUUACCAGAGUUUGCAUCAAAAUGGCAACACUGCUGCCCACUUAUUGCAGUAAAAAGAAAAAGACCAAGUUCCCUGUCUGGCCAUGCUGUCAGCCACUAGUGACACCAGGAUGUGCAGACACUGUGGUCUCGGUACCUUAUUACAAAUAUAGUAGCACCACAAAUAAAUUGUUGCAUACUGAACUGGCACUGAACAAAAUGCUGACCAGUGGAAGAUAAGCUAGAUACUUCAUAAAAUUAUUUUAUCUUUCAUAUCUAAAUGAACAUUAACUUCUGGUUAACACACUAAAAAAAAAAA